CAUUACAUCGCUAUGCGCGGUGGGCCGGCGGAGUGCGAGAGAGGCUGCGAGCGCAGGAAGGCAGGCAGUCCGACACUCAACUCCGCUCGGCAAUGUAACAGUAAAGACACCGAGACACAAACAGUGCCUGGGAAGGGAGACAUAGCGACAUUAAAUUAGCAACUCUCCGGGUUUUUUUUUUUUACCCCGAAACCUUUUACCCACCCUUCAUGAUUUGAAAUUAUUUUUUUUUAAAUCUCCCGUUCUUUUUGUCGAGGUUGGUUUUCGAGGAUUAAGGCACCGCGACACCGCCGUUUCCAGUGGUUUUUCUUCCCUUAGUGCGAUCGGUGCUAGCCGGGGGUGUUGAAUACAGCGCCAAAAGCGAAAUUACAGUAUCGGCAUCGUUGCUGGAGUGUCAUCGUUCCCUCCGAGGCGCCGAUCACCAUCAUCAUCAUUAUUCGUGUAAAGAAUACGCGUUUCUCUUUUUUUUCCCUGAAAACAAAUCCCCGUUUCAGCUGCUGGGGGAGGACGUUUCGUCAUUAUUAAACAGAAAAAGGAGAAAAAAAGGGGGGGGAGAGGAUUUUUUUAACUCUCGUUUCGUCUCGUUUUCUGCAUUUCACCCCCCCCAACACCGAUGAUGGACGGGAAGUAUACUUUUUCUUGGAUGUGGCGUGAAACAUGUAUACAGACAUAAGUCGAAACCGAAAAUUAAACCGUUCGGCACCGAGACCCGUCGCUGUUUUUCCUCUCCUAUAAACAAAACGGAAGAGACAACCUUCGCUAGGUCUGUGUGUGUUAGUAUGCAGCUGUAGCCUGUUAUAGCAAAGUGGAAACAGAAGAAAACAGCCCCUCUUUUGCCCGUAGUGUGUACUACACUCGCAGGGCAUGUUGGUGGUAAGAAAUACUAUAAAUAACUAUUACAAUUCGCAAAAACUAUCACAACGGGGGCAUUAUGUUGCGAGCCAUGCGAUCUCUAUUCCUGCGUGUGUGUUUUUAAAAUCUCUCGUUACUGUUCCGUUUCCUGCGCUCGUCAGAUUUUCCCGUUCAACAAGGAUCUUCAGGACCUGACCGAAGCCUUUUUCUUUUUCUUUUUUCCAACAGAAAGAAAUAUAUAUAUAUACAGAGAGAGAGAGAGAUAUUUCGGUCGCUUCCAGCUGGAUGUUUAUUUAUUUCGCUCCUAUCACCUCUCACCAAUCCGGGAUAUCAUCGCGCACCUUUUGUAUGUGACUCCGAGCGUUUUUGUCAGUGCCCUUCCUUCUGCUGUUUGUGGUUGAAACAAAAUAAUAAACGCUGUUCAAAGGACGGAGUGGUUUGUGUGUGAAGUUAUGGAAACAGUGUUUCGCUUUUGUUAUUGAUCAGUUUUUUUUCCCUCUAUUUUCUCCGGCAGUUUUUUUGCCACCACCACCCCCCUUCCCAGCCCCUAAUAAAGACAAGGAGGUUGAGCGUGUAUGGAUUACACUGUUAUUUAAUCAAUACGGUAACAACAACGAAGGCUUGUUUGGAUGUACAGUGAGACGCUUCUCCCCCCUCCUCCUGCUUGGAUUAACGAAACGAGGAUUUGUCUUUUUUUUUUUGUGUGUGUGUGUGGGGUUGCGUUCGGAAUCGGUUCGGACCCGCUGACCUGGAAUCCUUCGGAUCGGCACCGAUCGGCCAGCACGUUUUUGGAUUUACAAAAUACGAUCCGCUUGGAGUGACGCCUGGAAACAGUGGGGGGAAAGACAGCAUUUAACUGGGGUUUCACCUCAACCCGGUUCGGAUUCACUACGACAGCGUGGGGGGGUGGUGGUGGUGGUGGUGGUGGGGGGGUGGAUAUUAUUUAAUCGAUAUAUUUUCGUUGGGGGGGGUGGGGUGGGGGGGUAAUAAUUUCAAAUCUCGCCUCUGCUCUGGUUGUGAACCCAGCGUGUGUUGGAGACGGCGUGGAUAGUUCUGUUCGUCUGGUGGAAAGGGAACCGAAGAGGCUCGGUCUCGGUACCGACCCAGGAUUCCGACAUGCCCAGCACUGACGACCCGGUCCGUGGACGAUUAUGACUGCAGCAGCGAACUGGGUGGCUAACGGGGCGAGCCUUGAAGACUGUCACUCCAACCUCUUCUCUCUGGCGGAGCUGACCGGCAUUAAAUGGCGGCGCUACAGUUUCCGCGGCAACGGGGACUGCGGCCCGGUGAUCUCGGCCCCCGCCCAGGACGACCCCAUCCUGCGCAGCUUCACGCGCUGCGUCCAGGCCAACCUGCUGUGCGUGUGGCGCCGCGACGUCAAGCCCGAGGCCAAGGAGCUGUGGAUCUUCUGGUGGGGGGAGGAGCCCAACCUGGCUGACAUCAUCCACCACGAGCUUGAAGUGGCGGAGGAAGGCCUAUGGGAGAGCGGGCUGUCGUAUGAAUGCAGGACACUGCUCUUCAAGGCAAUCCACAACCUGCUUGAGAGGUGCUUGAUGGACAAGGACUUUGUGCGCAUUGGGAAAUGGUUUGUCAAGCCAUAUGAGCCCGAGGAAAAGAACCUCAACAACAGCGAGCACCUCUCCUGCGCUUUCACGUUCUUCCUCCAUGGGGAGAGUAACGUGUGCACCAGCGUGGAGAUCGCUAGGCACCAGCCGGCCUACCGCAUCAAUGAGGACCACAUCGCCCUCGCCCAGACCUCCUCCUCCCCCUUCCAAGUGAUCCUGAGCCCAUAUGGGCUGAACGGGACUCUCACAGGCCAGGCCUACAAGAUGUCCGAUCCCGCGGUCCGCAAGCUGAUGGAGGAGUGGUGUUACUUCUACCCCAUGGUGCUGAGGAAGAGGGAGAGCGAGCGAGAGGACGCAGAGCCGGGCUAUGACAACGACAGCCAUGUGGCCGUGGAAGUCAUUGUUGGAGGUGUACGGAUGGUGUAUCCAGCAGCCUUUGUGCUUGUUGCCCAGGGGGACUUACCCAUGUUCCAGGCUCCCACAGUAUCUGGGUCACAAGGGGCGACUAGAGACCCCUCAAACGCCAGCGUCCCCCUGACACCCCCCACAUCACCAGAGCAACCCUGCACAGAUGACACUGGAUUUCAGACGACGGUUUCCAGUUCUCCCGGACAGGAAGGAGGCAUCUGCACCACAACUCCCAGCCCUAAGCAUUCUGGGAGGAAACUGAGCAAUCAGGCUUUGCAUCAGGCAUGGAAGGAAUGCUACUUAAACAAAACGCAUCACAAGAGGACUCUCUCUGGCAGCAUGACACCAGAAGAGGAAGUGCCAAAUAGCGUGCCCACGUGGGACUUCAUUGAUCAAGCCCAGAGAGCACCCUGUUGCUGCUCCAGGCACAAGUCUCAGAAGCAACGUCAGAUGAGCGCACUGGGCCGCCCCCCCGCUAACUCUCAGCCUGGUGCCAACCCCACCCCUCCGGCUGCCCCCUCCCUGCCACCUCCCGCCCCCUCCAAGCACAAGGUGGCUGACAAACCGGAGAAAACGGAGAAGCAGCCGAAGAGACUAGCCAUGACCCCGUUCCACCACAGACUCUCCCUGAGCCAAGAGGCCUGCCUGGAGCAGGACCCUGCGAGUGGCCAGAAGCUGGGACUAGUGGCACUGGAACCUCCUCUCGAUGUGCUGCCCAGCUGCAAGUUCCCUAAGCCCCUCCCUGCCACCGGGAAGGUCCCCGACUCCCCCGUUCACUCCCCUGUCUCUCCCCUCCCUCCCACCCUCAGCCCUCACCCUCGGAUGCAGGACCCCGAGGUGCUCGAGCCCCCCGUAGGCCUGCCUCCGUGCCCAGAGGUCCCCCUGGGGCCCCGGCUGCCCGAGCCCAGUGAGUCGACCCUCUACGUGGCCCCGCUCAGCUUCAGCGAGGCAGGGGGAGGCUGGUGGAAGGGCUACAAGCUCCCCAGCAGUGACACCCCCGAGUUUCGGCCCUCCGACGUGCACUGUGAACGGGCUGAGCUCAAACCUGACGCCGCAACUGAAGGAGCGGCGCUGAAGAGACUUUUCACUCAGUCACACAAGCGCUUCAAGAUCUCGGAGGAACGAGUCAGAAAGCAGGUCCGCACUCUCGGCCUGCUGGAGCAGCCUGGGAUCGAGGGCCUGGGAGGCCCUGGCGAAUCUUCGGAUCCUUACGCCUUUGUGGACACGGAGAUUGAAUACAUCUUCACCAGCUCCAAGAGGGUCAAGGGCGUAGGCCAAGAGAGAGAUCCCUGUAGGAAGGUCAAGGGAGAGGAAAUGACAUCAGGCAACUCUAACCCAGUGCCUGAUGGGAAGGACGCCAUGUCCAUUUUCAGCACGGCACCCAAAUCAGAUGAUUCUCGUCAGGAUAGUGCUGCAGCCAAAGCAAACCCCAGCUUGACCAGAGAGACUGACUUGGUUGUUCUCAUCUCAGACCUAGAAAACAUAUUUGACAACUCCGACGAGGAUGAGCUUGGAACAACAUCUCCAACUCGGCAGUCCACCAGGGCCCCUGCUGCAGGAGCUGAAGAUCGCCCUCUAGGGAAAGACGGGAGAACUACAGUGCCGUAUCCUCCGACAGUUGCCGAUCUCCAGCGCAUGUUCCCAACGCCGCCCUCCCUGGAACAACACCCGGCCUUCUCUCCCGUCAUGACGUAUCGGGAUGCCCUCAGUGCGGAGCCGCCGCCUGGCAUGGCUGGGGCGGAGAACCACCUGGGCACCUUGUCCACUGCCCAGCUCUCCGAGUUCAAGAUGGAGGUGGAAGAGGGCCUCGCCAGUCCCAAGCCAGAAGAUAUUAAGGACUUCUCCUAUGUGUUCUGUGUCCCUCCAGUCCAGCUGCAGCUGGGCUGCUCCAUGUUUGCUCCCCUCCGAACGCUGCCCAGCCAGUGUUUACCUCCCCUGAAGGUCCCGGAAACCUGUUACUACCGGCCCUCCUGGGCUCUGCCCCCGAAAAUGGAACAGCUUCCUCUUCCACCACACGUCCCUUUCACCCGCGACGGAUAUGUGAAUGUGCCCAGUGUUGGCAGCCUGAUGGACCAGGACUAUAUAAGCACUCCUCAGAUGGGCACGCCGGUGGCCGCCAACAGUGCAGCCUCCACUGGGAACACGGGGGGAGUGCUGCCCUCCCCAGCUACCCCGCGGUUCUCCGUGCCCACCCCGCGUACCCCCCGAACUCCCAGGGGCGUGGGCACGGCCAGCGGGCAGGGCUCGGUGAAACACGAGGGCACGGAGCCGGGCUCGCCGGGCUCCACGCCCUCCACCAGCCGGCCGCUGAGCUCCGUGGAGCCCCUGGCGCUGCCGGCGCUGCCCGAGGCCCACAGCCUGUACACGGUGCUGCUGCUGUCCGACUCGGUGCUCAACAUCUUCAAGGACCGCAACUUCGACAGCUGCUGCAUCUGCGCCUGCAACAUGAACGUGAAGGGCGCCGACGUGGGGCUGUACAUCCCCGACUCCACCCGCGAGGACCAGUACCGCUGCAUGUGCGGCUUCAGCGCCAUCAUCAACCGCCGGCUGGCCCACGGCACCGGGCUCUUCCUGGAGGACGAGCUGGACAUCUUCGGCCGGGGCUCGGAGGUGGCCCGGGCGGCGGAGCGCCAGCUCGCUCUGUGCCGGAGGACCUCCCCCAUCGGAGACCCCACGGCUAAGCGCCCCCAGGACCCCCCCAGUUCCGUGCUGGUCCUCCUCCAGGAGCAGUGCUCCCGGCCCAUCUCCUCCCUCUCUUCCUUGCACCACCCUCCCACCUGUUCCUGUCACGGCCGCCAGGGGGCGCUCCUGCAGAGCUGGGCGGCUGACAAGCUUUGGGCCGACGGCAGUGAUCCGUGUGCCGAGUGCUACAAUGCACUGGUCCACGGGCAGCAGUAUGUGGACAACCCGGCUGGGGGCAAAGUCGACCAAGCCACUGUCAGGAGCAGCGCUCUGCACAGCUGGCCUCACACUAACGUGCUGGACAUCAGCAUGCUGUCCUCGCAGGACGUGGUGCGCAUGCUGCUGUCGCUGCAGCCCUUCCUCCAGGACGCCAUCCAGAAGAAAAGGACCGGCCGGACCUGGGAGAACAUCCAGCACGUGCAGGGACCCCUGACCUGGCAGCAGUUCCACAAGAUGGCGGGGAGGGGUUCCUACGGCUCAGAGGAAUCCCCAGAGCCCCUGCCCAUUCCCACCCUCCUGUUGGGCUACGACCGUGACUUCCUGGCCCUCUCCCCGCUGGCCCUGCCUUUCUGGGAGAAGCUGCUGCUGGAGCCCUAUGGAGGGCAGCGGGACGUCGCCUUCCUGGUGGUGUGCCCGGACAGCGAGGCCCUGACGACCGGGGCUCGGGGAUUCUUCCGGGAGCUCAGCGCCGUUUACGAGACCUGUCGGCUGGGGAAGCACCGCCCCCUUGCUAAGGUGUCCCGGGACGGUCUAGUGCGGGUCGGCACCUUGGACCCUCAGAAGCUGGCGGAGGAGCUCGUGGACGAGUGGUUCAGUGAGCCGUGGGCGAGCGAGCACGACGACGACAACCUCACCAAGCUGAAGCUCUACGCACACGCCUGCCGCCAGCAGCUGGCUCCACAGCUAGCUGCCCUGUCUCUGGACAGCAGUCUCCUCCUGCCCCCCAAGCCCCAGCCACCUCCUCCCCCUCCAGCUGCUCCGCCCAACCUGGGCAGCCAGUCAUCUGCCCCGCCAGGAGGGACGACGGGGCCCAGCGCCACCUCAACCCCCUCCGGCGCCACGCCAGGGCAGGGCGGGGCAGAAACACCGCAGGGGGGGGCCGGGGACCCCGAGAACGGGCAGAGCACAGCCCCCACACCGGCACCGCCUGCUGAGAGUCAGGAGAGCUGCGCCGAGAGGGAGCGGAUAGGCAUCCCCACGGAGGCGGAGUCAGCGGACAGCCACGCCCACCCGCCCGCCAUCGUCCUGUACGUGGUGGACCCCUUCCUGUGCCGCGCGGGGGGCGAGGAGGACGAGGAGGCCGAGCCAGGCAGCACGUGGGUGCUGGGCCUCCUGCGCUGCUACACCGACAUCCUGCAGAGCCUUCCGGAAUCCCUGCAGCCAGCCCUCGCCCUGCAGGUGGUGCCCUGCCAGUACCUGCUGCAGCCUGUGAGUGGGGAGAGCUCUCACUACAUCCAGCACCUGCGCUCCCUGGCCUUCUCCACCUACUCCCAGUGCCGCCGCCUGCUGCCCACACAGACACACAUCAAGUCCCUCACGGGCUUCGGGCCAGCCUCCAUAGUCCACGCCGUGCUCAAAAACCCCGAGCGGCCCAGCCCCCUGCAGCUGUACUCCCCUCCCUUUGUGCUGGGGCCCACCCGCAGCAAGCAGCUGGAGUUGGGGGAAGCAUGGGGCGAGGGGGUGCCCCGCUACAGCGUGCUCUUUGUGGGCUACUGCCUGUCCCACGACCAGCGCUGGAUUCUGGUGUCGUGCACAGACCAGCAGGGAGAGCUGCUAGACACCUGCAUCAUCAACAUUGAUGUGCCCAACCGGGCGCGGAGGACCAAGGUGUCAGCUCGCAAGAUGGGCCUGCAGAAGGUGUGGGAGUGGUGCAUUGGCAUCAUCCAGAUGACAUCUUUGCCGUGGAGGGUUGUGAUCGGGCGCUUGGGCCGCCUGGGUCACGGAGAGCUGAAAGACUGGAGCAUGCUCCUGGGGGAAUGCGCCCUGCACUCCAUCAGCCGGCACCUCCGGGACACUUGCCGGAUGUGUGGGAUCUCUGCCAGUGACUCGCCCUCCAUCCUGAGUGCCUGCCUGGUGGCCAUGGAGCCACAGGGCUCCUUCGUGGUCAUGCCAGAUGCAGUAACAAUGGGUUCGGUGUUCGGCCGCAGCACAGCCCUCAAUCUGCAGACCUCCCAGCUCAACACGCCGCAGGACGCCUCCUGCACCCACAUCCUGGUCUUCCCCACCUCCGCCACUACGCAGGUGGCACCGGGCACUUACCCCACCGAAGAUAAUCCCGAUGAUAUGUUUGACCUGCCUUUUCCGGAUGAGCUGGAGAAUGACAUCGGGAACGACAUGAUGCUGAUCACUGGGAACCUGCACCCCUCCCCAAACUCCUCGCCCGUCCCUUCGCCCGGGUCUCCUUCCGGGAUGGGCGGCGGGUCCCACUUUCAGCACACCAGGAGCCAGGGAGAGCGGCUUCUCUCUCGGGACGCCCCAGAGGAGCUGAAGCAACAGCCCCUGGCAUUGGGGUACUACGUCUCCACUGCCAAGGCCGAAGACCUGCCUCAGUGGUUCUGGGCAUCCUGCCCACAGGCACAGAACCAGUGCCCACUCUUCCUGAAGGCCUCGCUGCACCACCACAUCUCCAUUGCCCAGACGGACGACUUCAUCUCUAACAAGACCUCACAGAGGACACCUCAUCCCCUCGACUCCAAGACCACCUCAGAUGUGUUAAGGUUUGUUCUGGAGCAGUACAACGCCCUCUCCUGGCUAACCUGCAGCCCAGCAACACAAGACCGCCGGUCCUGCCUGCCCGUUCACUUUGCAGUUCUAACGCAGAUGUACAAUGCCAUUCUUAAUAUGCUCUAAGAAGGGGUCCAUUGCAACACCAUGUACAGUACCUCUCCCUUUACAUCCCAGGGAGGAACUCUUGCCUGUUACACCAAAUUUGAUAAACUGCCAAUUUUUCUGUUUCAAAACAGUUGUCUUCAUUUUAACUUGCAAAAUAGACAACCACCUUUUGUUUAGUGACUGCAUGUAGCAAAAAAUGAUCAAAAGUAUACUCCUUUUUAUAUUCUAGUACCUCAGGGCACAGGUGUCAUCAAGGGUAACAUUUGAAGGAUUACUGCACGGGAUCUUUUUUUUCCUGUUUAGUAUUUCACACUUUCUCCUGUAAAAUCAGUCAGUUCAAAGGGUCAGAAAGUGCAAGAAAUACCAAUUAAAUGUUUUAUUCUGAAUAUAAUUCGUCCGCCUUUAUAGAAAUGGAAGUCCACAGUUUAUGUCAGAGGAAUCACAGUGAUAAAACAGAUUGAUUUCCAUCAAAUUGCAGUGUUACAAUGUUUUGGCAGCUUCUGUUAAAGGGAAUAUACUGUAUAUAUUUAUUUUUGGUUUUAAUUACUAUGAUAUAUCAAUUAUGGAAAUGUAAUAGACAAUGUAACAGAAGCAUCAUAAAGGCAUAAGAAGGAUGAUGUUUUAAAAUGAACAUCCUCUGAAACCUUUUAAUAGUAUAGAUUUGUUUGAUAUCACUUUUUUACUAAGCAUGUUUUCUGCAGCAAGGAAUGUUACACCUUCCUGCUGUGAAAACCAAUGGAAAUCAUAUCGUUGAAGUGUGAAGAGAAAGUGUUACAGAUAUUUUGUAAGUAAGAGAAACAAUUACAUACUUCGAAAUGGCAAUAUUGCUUAAACACAGUUAUUUUACUACAAAGAGAUUGUUCAAUUGUAAGGUAAUCAAAAGGAGUACAUUUUUCAAAGAGCCACAGGCCUACUGAGCAGAAUCCUAGGCAGCUUUGUCUACUUUGCAAAGAAGAAAUGAAUGACUGCUCAUUAUAGAGCUAACGUCAUUUACCCAGGGAAUUUUCUGAGAAAAAUGGGGACCAGUUUUCACAAGUUGAAAAAGCUUCAGCCAUCUUAGUUCAGUACUGGUAGCAUAGUUUGGAUGUCAAAAUAAGGUUUUCUUAAUACAAUGUUGUUAGAUUGCAUAAAACUGUUAGAAAGGCCCAUUUGUAAAAUCUGAUGUGAAAAUGUAUAAAUACCUGACAUUGCAAUUCUGAGUUGUCCCUGCAAACUACGUGCACUGAGAGCAGAGGCCAUUUAGUGAUCUGAGGAAAAACAAGAUGCUAUGAUGAGAAAACGUCACAUCAGAGGGGGUAAAAAAAACACAUUUUUAAUCUCUCUCUUAGCAUGUUUCUUGGUGUUUGUUAAAGAUCAUGCUGGAUUAAAUGGUAUUGUGUUUAAGAAUACCAUGAUCCUAUGGAUCUCUUUCUAGAAUGGAAUAAAGCCUUUGCUUUCACAUUCUCUUCCCAUGGAUUUGAAGAAAUGGUUGGGCAGUUGGCCAUAGGUGAUUUGGCUCCUGAUGGUGACAUUUCCUCUCAAAGCAGCAUGUAAAUGCAUGUUCUUGUGAUUUGUGCUCUGCACUUUCGUGUCAUUUGUCCUUUGUCUCACAUCCUGUAAAUUGAUCAUAUUUAUUGGCGAUCAUUUUUUUUGGUCAGCUGCAAACCCCAAAACUUUCAGCAAAUGUGCCAGCAUUAGCCCCUUCUUUAGAACAGUACAUGAGUAGCAGCUGUGAACUUGCUUAGAUGGCCGACAUGAUUCUCCACAAGAGUUUCUGAAAGGAACUAUGAACCACAGUGCCUAGAUUUGAGAGCACCCAAGCAUUUGUACAAGAUACAAACUGUCUACCAAAUGAAGGUGCAAACUGUCCCUUAAACUGAAGAGUAUUUUUUUCAUUGUCAAGAUAUGAGAAACAGUAAAUCAUAUUAUUGGCAUUGGAUAAGCCAGAGGUUUAACCUGGGACAUUCUAUAAUACAUACUCACCUGAAAAUACACAUUUACUCCUUGUGACAAAAGUACUGCAGUUCAAUUUUCAUAAUUCAUCAGCCUACCAUUUGGCUUUGCGUUAGUUGAUAUGGGCUUAGUUUCAGGACACAAAUAGACCACUAUAAAAGAAAUUGGGUCACAAGCUUAAAACAAAAUAAAGGUGCAACCAACAUGACAUUCCCUUAAAAGAAUGCCUAGCAGUCCAGAAUUGAGAUCAAUUUCUCUAGUUGUGUUUAUAUCUCAUACAACAAAUGAAAACAAUCUAUAAUUUUCGUGUUGGAUCUGUUCAGAAACCAUCAGGGUAUGUUAAUUCCCCGAUAUCUUGUGUGAUGUUUUUCAUUAGGUUUAAAAAGAAUCAAGACUUACAAGAGCACCUGUUAUUCCACCUACAUCGUGAACAUCACGAUGACUAAGUUUUCUAUAGCUGGUUAGAAGACAUGUUCCUCUUAAGAAGUUUUAUCUUUCAGAAGAAAAAAAAAAGUUUUCAGCUGCGGCACACAGAGCAUCCAGACCACAGUAUAUUUAAUAUACAUAUUUUAUUCACAAUAUCAUGUAUUUCAUGGCAAGCGUUGUUGAUACGAAAUUAAAAUGUUUCAAUAUUUCAUACUUGGGAUCACUCAGUUCCUUACCAUUUGCUUUUUGCCCCCAGAUUUGGCCUUGGAUAACUACAGAGGGUAAUGUGCACAGUAAUGACAGCAGUGUUUUAGUACAUCCAGUGCCAUACAGACUUACCUCAAGGGGGAACAUGUCUUUCGCCUCUUGUCAUGUCAAGGACAGGGGCCAGGGCUCUGAUCUUGAUCUGAUCUUAGGGUGCACAGGGAGAAUGACCUUUUCCAUCUUAAUGGGGCAGAAAGAACAGAGUGACGGGGAAUUAUCCUCUGGGUCACGGGAGAUAAUACUGUAGGUGCAUCUGCUGAUUAAGUUUUGUGGUUGGGGACACUCAGAUUACUAGUGGGAUUCAAGGGAUAAAAGGGGAAUUUGUGUGGGGAAUUCUCAAUUUAAGACAAAAACUAAACUGGAAGUAAAAAGUAACUGAAUCUUGAAUUGAGACUCAGUCAACAAUGAGAAUGGGAACAGCAAUUCUUCAAUAUUUGUACAUGCUAGUUUUAUGAGAGGUAAAUGCACAAUAUUAUGUUCUUCCAGACACAAAUUGGCUCAAAUUCCAUUAACAUACUGCUUAUUUAUUGUUUUAUAUUUCAUCAUAUAAAUUGGUUGUGAAAUUUCUUAUGAAGUAAAAAACUGAUUAGAGGCAACAGACUUGAUUUGUUUGGAGGUGGAGGUUCAUUCAAGGCACUUUUAUGAUUUUCAUUUUUUUAAAGUGACAUUCUAUUCUGUUGUAGAUGUGAUCCUGAUAGAGGAAAACAGAAACAAAAAAGCAAAUGGCCAUUGUGUAUAGUGUAAAACUGACAUUUACAAUCAAAUUUGACUAUUUUUUAUGAAUUAAGAAAAAAUAAGAAUGACAACAUUUGUGUUUUCCAGAUUUAAAAAGAGAUAGCCUUGGAAUUAGGCAAGGAAUUUUGCAAAAAAAUCAAUUAAAAAAUUGUGAAGAUGCCAUAUUUAAAUAAAUAUAUAUACAUAUAUUUUUAGGUUUUGAAUUAAAAAAAUCCUACCUCCCUGAAUCUGUCAGACAAUGGGGGAAGAAUUUAACUUUUAAAUUUCUCUUUAAAAAAAGACAAAAAACAGGACAGAAAAGCUACGGCUAGCAGAUUAGAGAUAUUUUUAGUUUGUCCUAUACUUUUUUAUUGUUAUAAAAAAAUUUAGCCUCUGUUUUAUUUAAGAUUUAAGUUAAGGAAACAGAAUGAUACAGACAAAAUAUAUUUAUAAAAAUGUUUUCUUUUGCUGCAAAAUAAACUUGAAAUAGAUGGCAAUAGACUAAAAAGUAUGUAUUUGAGCAUUAAAAAUGGUAUUGUAUAUUAAAUGAAUACACAUUAUUUUAGUGGUGGUUUGAAAGAGAAGAAACAGACCAUCACUCUGUUUAGCCAGCUCUUCUCCUCAUCAGCACCCUGUUAUUUGUACAAUUCCCUAGCAUGCUAUGUAUAUAUACAUAUAAUUCAGCUGACUUUUUGAAAUUCUGAAAGCUGUACAUUUCAUGCUGGUUCGAUCUUUCUUUUACGCAAUUCCUAUGAAGCAUUUUUUGCUGUGGGCUUUUUUUAUAUAAAUAUCCUUCAGACAAAGUGGGUGGAAACAAGUGGGAGGGCUGGUGGGUGGUGGGGUAAGUGACUUUCAUGAGAUUGUUGUAUUGCUGAAACAAGUACACUAAGGAAAAAAAGAUGAAACAGCAAAUUUGAUACACCUUCUACCAUUUUAAAUAUCAGCCAGAUCUAUCUUGGGGAAGAAAAAUCUGUAUCUUUUACACUCUUUUUUUAGUAAAUUAUUAAAUUAUGGAAAAUGGAAA